AUGCCGGGCGAUCCGAGCCCAAAAGGUAAGAAUUUCUCAUUGAUAAACCAGAAUAGUUAUAAAUUCUUCUAAAUGAAUGGUAUUUAUUCAGUAACAAAAGCGGAAAUGUUGGUGCAAACGCAAAAAAGGGCGCCCUUUUUAUUGUUUAUGAUCAGUGAAUUAUAACGUAGUCAAAUAUGGCGCUCAAUAAUUUUUAACUUUUAGCGUUUAUUCAAAGAUCCCCAACUUUGUGCGAUUACUGCUCCUUAUCCAGACCCUGAUUUUCAGCUGUACUGAAGCUUUAGUCUCUUGCGAACUACAAAAUGUCCUCGUUUCCGUUUGAAAGUCAUUUACAUUUGGCUCUUAGAGAAAAAUCAACGCUCUGGAAAUCGAAUACUCUACAGAAAGAAUUCUGAGAAGAUUGUGAUAAACUGAAACAAGCUAAUAAAUAAGUGAAUUCCAUCGUGUAUGUCCCUUUAGCCAACCGACGCGUUGACGCAAUUUCUUUAACCCAGAAAAUUCUAAUUGUAAAAAAAAAAUAAUUCCCGUAGGAUUAUACCUAGAAGAUUCUAAGGUAACAAAGAAAAUAUUUACUAAUCUGAAUGUUUCUCACACGUUACCCGCACGAAGACUUUUCUUUAACAUAUGAACAUGGUUCUGUCUACUAUUUCAGGUUCUUCUGGCACCAUAAUAACAUAUAAUGGCGAUUCUGCUCGCGGAUGGAAUGAUCCACCGACCUUCGCUUUCUCUAAUAAUUCGACCGGAAACAAACCCAAGUUAGACUUGAGAAAGCGAGUUUCUCAUCAACAAGCCUUGCACGGCGUUCAAGCGGCUUCCCCGGGUUUACAAACGUCUGCUGUUGGUAAUAAAGACGAUCUUGUCAAUGGUGAGUAACAUAAAGACAUGUACCUUCAAUGUAGAGAGAGUUUGUGUACUAAAACAUGCAAAUAAAACGGUACUACUUAAAUGGUAAUAUUUAUUAUAAGUGUGUGCGUUUUUAGUUGCACUCUUGUCUUCACAAUAAUGAUUCGCUUGUAAAAUCCAAAUUUUGAGUUUGAAUAAAUUUAAUGGUAUUGUAAGUUGUGAAGACAACACAAGACCAUGGUAUUUACUUCUACCAGUGUUGAAUGUCAUGUUCUCGGUAGACAUUGGUCAAGUUCUUGUUUACAACAUGGGGUAUCAAAGCCACUUGAUUUUUCAGCCAAGCAUGCAACAGUGUAACAUUGCCACAAUGAAGAAAGAAUUAACCCACAGAAUUUAUAAUUAUUCACAUGAUAAUGACUAUUUUUUUACUAACUGCUCACAAGAACACAAAUUUCCUACAGUAUACAUUAUUUAUCACCAAUAUGCUGACUCACUGUAAGUCAACAUUGUUCCCAGAGUCUUUUCUCUUCCUCUCAACCAAAGUCGGAUGAGGGAGCUUUAGCAUCGACGGCAGCAACUUUUAAAAAUAAAUUAGCAUUUUUGGGGGAAGCAAGGGUGAUGCAGUGGUGAGAGUACUCGCCUCCCACCAAUGUGACCGGGGUUCAAAUCCCGGCCUCAAUGCCAUAUGUGGCUUGAGUUUGUUAUUGGUUCUCUCCCUUGCUCCAAGAGGUUUUUCUUCAGGUACUCUGGUUUUUCCCUCUCCUCCAAAGCCAACACUUCCAAAUUCUAAUUCGAUCUGGAACGCACAGACACAUUUAAAUGAGUUCAUAAGAACUCAUAAGUGCUUCGUGUGUAACAAAUAAAUUAUAAUUUUUUUCCAAACAUGUUGCGUUUAUUCCAAUUUGCUUCAAAUGUCAUAUCGUUGAGUGUUAAAAGUAGAAAGACUUUACUCAAAUUUAUAUAUUGAUCUUAUUGGCAGUGUCCAUCUGAUUGAUUUGCUCAUUUGUGAUUGUUUCAGGUGUUGCUGGACUACAACUGAAUGGUGCUAAACAACUUUAUACACCGCCACCAGUGACUGCUGCACCUCAUGUUAGCAACAUUUUUACCCCACCACCAGUGGUACCAGCGGCAUUCACAAGAAGCAUAUCCACACCUUCAUUCAACAGUGAAACUGUGACACAAGCAGGGCAAUCUCCUGCUUAUUUAGCACAACCUGAGAACUCCAGAACGCUGCAUACACAUGCUAAAUCAACGGACAAUAUAUCAGGAAAUCUUGGACAGCCAUUGUUUGAUCUUAAAGACCAUAGUUUUGAGCCAGUAAGAACUGCUCCCUUUCACAGCAUCCGUUCAAAUGCUGAAAUUGGAGAUCAUUUUGAUGAUCACCAUUCUGACAAUCAUACAGGUAGCUCGCCACAGAUAUUUCAUCCAAUUACACCACCAGUAACUACUGCUCCUUCUGUGCCAAGUUACCAAGCAACUCAGCCAGCUGCUCUGCCAUUAGGACAUGUCACCCCUCCCCCACUCUUACCAUACCAGCCCCCGGUGGGUCAGGUAACACCACCUCUGUAUCAUGUUCAUCGCCACAGCCCAGUUCCACCUACAGUUCCAUCCCAGGGGACUGGGGUACCACCUGUGCAUAGUACGACUCCGCCAUUACCUCCAGGAAAUCACCUUCCACCCACGGGAUCUCUGAGUGCUGGUAACACUCCAAGGAGUACUUCACCAUCCAGCCAAGAGAAAAACGGAAAUGCUGUUAGUGCAAUAGAUGAUUUACAAGGACUUAAAGUGACAAUGGAUGCCUUGCAGGAUGUAAUAAGCAAGCUUCAUGACACAUUAGAGGUUGGUUCUUAAUAAGAGAGUUGCCAAAGUUUUUAUCAUUCAGUAAGAAAGCCUUGUAAAAAAACCCAUAAUUUGAGUAUAGUGGACCUUUCAUAUCAACACUGUGAAAGCCACUUCUACAGUGACCCUGUUGCCCUGCUGUCCAUGUCCUAAUCUUAGUUACUACACAAUCGUUCUCGACCAACCAAGUCAAAUGUGGCAAAGUGGGUUUGGAUGAUCAGGUGAUCGCAAGGAAUCAUCUCUGAUACAGUGCUGAAGGGAUGAUCCCGGGAAAUGAGGUGAUUGUGGUCACUAUAUGGCUCAUAGGAAGGGCUAUGAAGUUUGAUGUACAUGUGCUGAUUUCUAUGCAAAUCCAAAAUCAAGGUGAUCAAUACAAUGUGGACUGAAAUAUUGCCAAUGACCAGUUUCAAAAUUAAAAUGUCUUUGUUAAGCGCCUGUUGGAUGAAAACCACGAUAUGGUGCAGUUAACAGAAGACCCUUCUUCCAUUUUUGGAUAAAUAGGGUAGGCUUUGUAAAGACAGAAAUACUUUAAAAUUUGAAAAGGGAAAGUGCUACAGAAUAAAUAAGCUAAAAAAGGUAAUAUUAUGAACAGCGAGUACUGAUAAAUAUUAUUCGCCCUCUGUUGUUGUGCAGAAAAGAGUUGCUGAUGACAUUUCAAGAAGACUUCAAAUAAUGGCACAGAAUUGGACAAAUGGGAAGCUUAGUCAAGGUGUUAAGAGCAGAAUGAUCAAACUAGCAGAAGGUAAAUAAUAUUAUUCAGUUUCUCCACACUUAUGUAGCUUUUUUACAUCCCGAUGAUUAGUGCAGUAUUAACAGAAUAAGUGACACCUUGCUUUCAUUUCUUUAACAAAUCAGCCCUGGAUGAUGGCAAUGUUGAAGAAGCUCAUCAUAUUCAUGUUUCAUUGAUGGUGGACUUUGUUGCUGAGGUAUGUAUUAAUAAUCUCUUCUGUAGUCUUUGUAACUCAGAAAUACAAUAAUCUCUCUAAAACAAUUAUUACAUGUACAGUUAGGACCAGUACUGGGUGACUAUUCCAAAUUUCUGUCUUAAACAAAGUCAAAGAAGAGGUUGGAAGAAAGGCAAACAUUAUAAGAAUAACUGUUAUUCACCGAAUAACUAUUAUUCACAUUGUUGAGGCCCUUAUGUGGGUUAUUCCUGUUUCUGUUUUCUUGUGAAAUCACGUUAAAUAUUUUGGAUUAAUUCAGCCUUGCUGCCAAGUUGCAUAAGAGAUCAUAACCCUUUAUUAUUCAGUUUUUUAAACUGUGUACUCUAGUAAAAGCUGAUAUUUCAUUUUUUGUGUACCUAGAUCUCUGAAACAAAAAUAAACUCAAACAUACUUUUUUCCCGGUUUUAGUCCCUGUAUGGUAUUAGUUCAGUUCAGAUUGACCAGAUUUUUUGGUCUCAAAAAUAUACUCUAUUUGACAACAGUAUCCUUGUGCCUACUAUCUAGAUGAAGUUUCCGGCCUUAGAAAUUUGCCAGGUUGUGUACUUAUGGCAUUGUUCUUUCCGUUUAGGUCAACCAAUGGAUGGUGGCUGUGAAGAAACUGAUCAAUCUAGUUCGUUCUUCAAAUGCAUUUUCAACUCACUCCUGACAAAACAAAAAUUAUGAUCAUGUAAGAGUUAAUCCAAGGAAUAGGAUUUNGUUGAAGAAGCUCAUCAUAUUCAUGUUUCAUUAAUGGUGGACUUUGUUGCUGAGGUAUGUAUUAAUAAUCUCUUCUGUAGUCUUUGUAACUCAGAAAUACAAUAAUCUCUCUAAAACAAUUAUUACAUGUACAGUUAGGACCAGUACUGGGUGACUAUUCCAAAUUUCUGUCUUAAACAAAGUCAAAGAAAAGGUUGGAAGAAAGGCAAACAUUAUAAGAAUAACUGUUAUUCACCGAAUAACUAUUAUUCACAUUGUUGAGGCCCUUAUGUGGGUUAUUCCUGUUCCUGUUUUCUUGUGAAAUCACGUUAAAUAUUUUGGAUUAAUUCAGCCUUGCUGCCAAGUUGCAUAAGAGAUCAUAACCCUUUAUUAUUCAGUUUUUUAAACUGUGUACUCUAGUAAAAGCUGAUAUUUCAUUUUUUGUGUACCUAGAUCUCUGAAACAAAAAUAAACUCAAACAUACUUUUUUCCCGGUUUUAGUCCCUGUAUGGUAUUAGUUCAGUUCAGAUUGACCAGAUUUUUUGGUCUCAAAAAUAUACUCUAUUUGACAACAGUAUCCUUGUGCCUACUAUCUAGAUGAAGUUUCCGGCCUUAGAAAUUUGCCAGGUUGUGUACUUAUGGCAUUGUUCUUUCCGUUUAGGUCAACCAAUGGAUGGUGGCUGUGAAGAAACUGAUCAAUCUAGUUCGUUCUUCAAAUGCAUUUUCAACUCACUCCUGACAAAACAAAAAUUAUGAUCAUGUAAGAGUUAAUCCAAGGAAUAGGAUUUAAACAUUGACAGGGAUGAAAAAUGAAAGACUCAAAUCAGGAUAUACAUGUAUGGAACAGUGUCUAAAUGAACAGAUCUGUGAAGGCUGAUGAAACAUACAUGGGUGAACUACGGACAGCGUAUUGACAUUCUACUGAGAGACGUUGAUUGACACACAGUAGUAGAACUAAUUAUUGGUCAGCUUUUUAUCAAGAUGGUGAUUUUCGGGGGUAAUUAUAUACUACGUAUUAACCGAGAGUGAGGUCAUUACAGGAUUGCGAUGUCACAUCAAGGCCGAGGUCUGAGAUUUCCCUGUAAUGACCGAACGGACAAGAUAAAUAAGUUAUUUAUUAUAUGGCCUUUUCAUUAUGGACCUGAGUCUGCGAUCAACUAAAACCAAUAACUGAUCAGGGGAUAACUUUAAAAAACCUGUCACCUCAAUGAGUUGUACACUUGAGCUGGCAAUACAGUCAUGUGACACUGGUCAGCGGAUACCUUUUUGACAGCUGUCAAUUUACCAUAACAUGCAUGUCCAUAAGGAUGUCCAGGUCUAUCAAGUUAAGCACAGAUUGUAUAUGCCUUGGACACCUAGCUGGUAAUGCCCGCUCAUUACAAGAAAAUAAUGCCUGCAAUCAGAGAGCACGUACUAUUGUAGCCAUAUAAUAAAAAUUAUUAAUAGUUUAGUUUGAAAAUUAUUAUUAGUUUAGUAUGAUUAUAAAUUUAUCCUGCUUAUAGCACAGUAAUGGUGACAAUUCUCUUGUAAUGGAAGUGUAAAAAUGUUCAAAAGAAUUAACUAUUUUACCCUAAUACUCUCAAAUCUAGAAUUAAUGAAAAAAGCCAUCAUAAUUCCAUUUGCAAAGUAGAAUGCUGGACAAUUUAUGACAAAUGCCAGGACGGAUCCAAAGUUAGAUUUCCUUAAGGUGUUUCCAUAGCUGAUCAUCAGAGUAAACAGUAGUAAAAAAUAUUGUUGUCAAGUUUUGUAGUCAGAUUUUAUUUUGGAUUGAGGAUGAUGAACAUAAUUUAUUUUCUAUUCAUUGAAAUUAUUGAUAGUAGUUUUAGUUAAAAUGUGCCAUAUUCUAGAAAUUACACAAAGGUAGCUGUGCAACAGCAUUUUUUUCGUAUAGUUUAAUUUGCUGCAAGCUUCCAGUUGUUUGUGGAAGGUAUCAGUUCCUUUGUGAGGUUUUAGGAAACAGACAAGAAACAAGACUGAUUCAGAACUGACUCUUUACCUGAGAAAUAUUUUACACCAAUGAACAAUAUCAAAAUAUUCUUGAAUUUUAUUUUCGUUUAGCAUGAGCAAUAACCUUUGCUUCAUCUUUAUUUUCGUCGUAGCUCAGUUGCAACUUCAUAGUAUUCUGUGAAUAUUUAUAUUGCUACAACCAGCAUAAAUAAUUAUCAUGAACAGCACAAACUCUACUCUUGACACACAUGUAAAAACUGAGGCAGUUAUCUUGAGGGUGAGUGUGAGGUGAGUGUAGAAACUACAAAACCCUGUUGCGAUUCAUUCAAUCUGAGGGUGUAAACUUAUCUUUAAUUGAUACACAUGCAUUGGAUUUGAAUGUUACUCUAUAGUUUCAACACAAACUCUCAUAAUCACACUUGUUUGGCGUCCCUCUGGACGCAUUGUGAUAGUCAAGAAACCAAGAUUAAUGCUAAACAUCAACACUGAGAUGGAGCGAAUGUAUAUAGGAAAAGUGAGUGUGGUGAUAAAUGUCACAA